UAAUACGGUGUGCUAUGUGAAAAGCGCUAUACAAAUUAUUUGACUUAAAUUGCUUCAUGGUCUUGUUUUAAAGUAUGCCUACUUAUGAGGCACAACGACUUUCUUCCAGACUGUAUUGUCAAUUCAGUAAAAAAUAAAUAAAACAUUCUUCAGAGAAUUGGGCGAAUGUCUGUAAAGAGUCUGGGAGAGACCUCGCUCAAUGCAUAUGACGGUGUUGGACCACUCUUGUCUUCAACUGUGGAAAUUGUAUUUCCAAAAUGGCGGAGUACGAUUUGACCACCAAGAUCGCGCAUUUUUUAGACAGACAUUUGGUUUUUCCGCUGCUGGAGUUCCUUUCUGUCAAAGAGAUCUUCAAUGAGAAAGAACUUCUUCAAGGGAAGCUGGAUCUUCUCAGUGACACAAACAUGGUGGACUUCGCCAUGGACGUAUAUAAGAACCUUUACCCCGACAAAGAAAUUCCACAUUCCCUAAGGGAGAAGAGAACCACAGUAGUGGCCCAGCUGAAGCAGCUGCAGUCAGAGACUGAGCCCAUCGUCAAGAUGUUUGAAGAUCCAGAGACUCAGAGACAGAUGCAGUCCACCAGAGAUGGAAGAAUGCUGUUUGAAUAUUUAGCAGAAAAACAUAGUUUUCGUCAGGAAUAUUUGGAUACGCUUUACCGUUACGCCAAGUUCCAAUAUGAGUGUGGCAACUACUCGGGGGCUGCUGAGUAUCUCUACUUCUUCCGCGUGCUAGUUCCCUCCACGGACAGGAAUGCUCUGAGCUCUCUCUGGGGGAAACUGGCCUCUGAAAUCCUCAUGCAGAACUGGGAAGCAGCCAUGGAAGACCUGACCCGCUUACGAGAGACCAUCGACAACAACUCAGUGAGUUCCCCUCUUCAGUCUCUUCAGCAAAGGACGUGGCUCAUUCACUGGUCUCUGUUUGUAUUCUUCAACCACCCUAAAGGCAGAGACAACAUCACUGAGCUGUUUCUCUAUCAGCCCCAGUACCUGAACGCAAUUCAGACUAUGUGUCCCCACAUUCUACGCUACCUAACUACGGCGGUUAUCACCAAUAAGGACGUGAGAAAACGACGGCAAGUCCUCAAAGAUUUGGUCAAGGUCAUCCAACAGGAGUCAUACACGUACAAGGAUCCCAUCACAGAGUUCGUGGAAUGCCUCUAUGUUAACUUUGAUUUCGACAGCGCGCAGAAAAAACUGAGGGAAUGCGAGUCGGUUCUGGUGAACGACUUCUUCCUGGUGGCAUGCUUGGAGGAUUUCAUCGAAAACGCACGGCUGUUCAUCUUCGAGACAUUCUGUCGGAUCCAUCAGUGCAUCAGCAUCAGCAUGUUGGCAGAUAAGCUUAAUAUGACCCCCGAGGAGGCUGAGAGAUGGAUCGUAAACCUGAUCCGCAAUGCCAGACUGGACGCCAAAAUCGACUCCAAACUGGGUCAUGUGGUGAUGGGUAACAACGCAGUAUCACCAUAUCAGCAGGUGAUUGAGAAGACCAAGAGCUUGUCCUUCCGCAGUCAGAUGCUGGCCAUGAACAUCGAGAAGAAAAUCAGCCACAGCAACAGGAACGAGACACCAAACUGGGCGGCUCAGGACACUGGUUUCUAUUAGACCAGCAGCAAAAAACAAAACGGUGGAUCAACUGUUAUACUCCUCAACCACACUAUUUAACUAACUAACUUUUACCUAUAGGUAUGUUUUAUAUUAGGAUCAUUUUACAAAGGACUGUUGCAGACAUUUCCACAGCAUGACAAGUGUUACAGGGUUCUGGGGUAUUUUAAAAGCUUACGGUAAGUUUUAUGUAUAUUGUAUGAAAGCAUUUAUAAAGUGAUUUAAGUUAUCGUGAAUAUUCCAGUUCUAUAUUAUGUCAAAUAACAUUUCCCCAAUUGCAAUUUAUUAUGAACAUCAUAACACCAAAAUAAAUGCUGAAAACGUUUCCAAGAAGUUGAAUUUCUGCGGUCCCAAACAGAAUAUGGUAAAAAUACCUGUCCCCUGCUCUACAGCUUAUUACAAGUAGUUUCUCCCUGCUAGAAUACUGUAGUAAUAUUUUGAAAGUCCAGCAGUUUUUACACUCUUUGAGGAAGUCAACUUGUGAAUUGCUUGCAUACAGUUGUCUUUAAAACAACACACUUUAAUUUCUCAUCUGAUGUUGUUGACACUAGAUGGCAGCAGUGACUUAAUUUUCCACCAACGUCAGGUUACUCAACCAUAGACAUCCACAAGCCAGUUAUUACCAACCUAAACAUUGUCCCUUUAAAGUCUGCUAGACUUUGUAAUGUGUUUACAAGCUGCAACUGAAACCUAGGAAUGUUGGCAAGCUGUGUUUGAUUUUGGGGGGCACCAGGUAAUUUUGGGCCAGAGGAUUUUAAAACCGUAUGUUGUCAGAGUGAACCAAGAUGGAAAGAUCAUUUGGUUGUGACUCAUUAAUGACAAGCUUCCUCAAAAUGACAUUUAAAAUUUUUCCUUUGGUUAUUUUUGAAUUUCAAACUCCGUUCCACAUGAAAGUUCUGGUAAAAAGUGUUUGUGAAGAACUGCUUGGUACACUGAAUUUACUGAAUGAGCAUUUCCUGGAAACUAAUACGUUUGGUAUGUUUGCCAAACUAACGUCUACAAUGCAUCCUCCUAUCUGUUCAAAUCUAAUCCAGUUUUAAUUGGAAAGAUGAGUAACUAGAAACUAUUUUGAAUAAAAUUGGUAAGUGUCAUUUUCAUAAAGAAAAGUGCAGUGUCUCCAAAACAUUUUGUGAUGAGAUUUCUUUAAAAUAAAUGCCUCUUGGUAUAUAUUUUGUUGUAUAAUGCAAAUAAAUGUAUACAUAUGCAAGUCUAGCUUAAGUGUCCAAAUACACUUUGUGGACAUUGUACACUGAAAACCCUCCUCCCCCCAAAAAACCCUGGGAAAUGAUUUCCACACAGAAAUUAAUUACAUUUAACAGACCAUAUUUUUAAGAAAAGGCUAGACACAACUCUUGGUGGCUUAUUAGAAACUCUCAAGCAAAGUUUACUUUUCAAUUCUAUUUGUCAAGUAAAUUGUGUGCACUCUUUAUUGUACAUUUUACUCAAGUGACGUCGCACUGAAUUAAACCAUACUUUUUAAAGUGUACAAGCAUUUUAAAGUUGUUUUUAAUUGUAUUUUUUUUUUUAUUGUAUAUUAUAUAUAAUCAUGUAGGACAUUAUAUAUAAUCACAAAUGGAAGCCUACUGCAUGGAAGCUUAAAGGGAUAGUUCCCUCAAAAAUUAAAAUUCUCUCAUUUACUCACCCUCAUGCUAUCUCAAAUGUGUACGACUUUCUUCUCCUGAACACAAAGAUUUUUAGAAGGAUAUCUCUGCUCAUAUCUCAGAAUAAAGACUGAUUUAAUAACUGGAGACAUAUAGAUUACUUUCAUUGUGCCUUUGUGCUUUCUGGAGCUUGAAAGGUCUGGCCACCAUUCACUUGUUUUGUAUGAACCUACAGAGUUGAAAUAUUCUUCUAAAAAUCUUCAUUUGUAUUCUGCAGAAGACAAAGUCAUAUACGUCUGGGAUGGCAUGAGGGUGAGUAAAUAAUGAGAGAAUUUUAAUUUUGGGGUGAACUAUCACUUAAAUAUAUGCUCUGUAGUCAAUAAGACAUCACCUUGCUUUAAUUUCGAGAGCUGUGCACGCAGACUUGAGCACCUGGUGCACAAAACACAAUGACUAUAACAAUAAACAAAUAAUUUUGUUUAUCAUGAAUGGUUAAUUUUGAGUUGAAAAUUAACUACAGACUACAACAAACAAGUUAUCAACCGUAACAAACCAACAAUAAAGAUGGUGUAAAUAAACUUGCAAACAUUGAAACCAUGCGAGCUCAUUAUUCAAGCCCAGUGCAUGCGGGGAACACGAGCUUUGAAAAGUUCACACAAAUUUACCUGUGAAAUUUACUAAAAUUAGCUAAUAAAUAUGACAAGAUUGUCUACUAUAGGAUCGAUACACGAUGACUCUUUGUAAAGAUAACAAACUAUCAUAAAUAGUAUUUAUUUUUAAGCUAGAGCAUUCAUUUAUACCUGUUUGAAUUGAGGACAGUUGUGGAAUUUACUAUAUUUUCAAGUUUAUACUUUCUACAUUGAAUAAGUUAAAGUACAUAAUCUUUUCUUCAAUAUUUACUUCACCACAAAAUAGUAAUUUUUUCUUUGUACUAUGUAAAGCACAGAAUUACUCAAUGUAUAUUUCCAGGAAGUUAAUCUGAUUGUGUAUUCUUCAAACUAGUGUCUUCAGUCCAUCUACUUUACUGUAAAAAAGAAAAAAAAAUGUUUUAGUCUCAAUGAAG